UACACAACACAAACAAACCAGGCGGUUACGAUAGAGAGCUGGGCCAUACGGACACUCUGCUGGGCCACAGUCUGGUGGAAGGCUGCCUUCAUCCCGGCGCUGGUUCCAGGACGGAGCGGCCACCUGGUGGGGCUGUUGGGCAGGUUUUCUGGGAUCUACUUCUCCUGCUGGGGCUGACAGGCGGUGCUUCGGUCGCUCCCAAACAUGGCCUCCAUGACGGAGCGACCACUUCAAGUUUGAUUUCUCACUGAUUAUCUGCGUCCAAACUGCGUGUUUUUCCUUCCACAGCUCACGGGAAUGUUUCCACGGAGCAGCUCUGUACGGCAGACACCAGAAGCAGAUGUUUUCUGUCGCAAAAGUUUGGUGCUGAUCACGUCGCUCUAAGUUGACUGAAAGCUGGAAAGGAAAAGGAGAACCGCGUCAAAUCAAAUGCCCUCUGAGGCUCGGGAGCCUCGGGACAGAGGACCUCCCCAUCCCCUCACGCGGGCUGGACGCAGCGCUCAGCUGGCCAAAGCUGCAGCCACUAGCCCUGCCCCUGAGAAGCGACCCCGCGGGCGGCCUCGUAAGGAUGGGAACCACGGCCGCCCAGCGCCUCCUGCUCCUCCUUCACCCAAAUCCAAGAAGGGGCGAAGCCGAGGAAGAGCCCAGGUAGAGGGUGAAGAAAGCGCAGGGACUACAGAGAAGAGGCGACUCCAGAAGAAGACAGAGCCCAAGGAGCCCUCAGAGGCCAAGGGACCGCAGGAGCCCAAGGAGCCCCCAGAGGCUAAGGAGCUCAUGGAAUCCAAGGAGCACAUUCAACUGCUGGAGCCCAAGGAGUCCCUGAAACCACCAGAGCUCAAGGGACCGCAGGAGGCCAAGGAGGUCACGGAGCUGCUGGAGCCCCCAGAGGCCAAGGAGCCUCCAGACGCCAAGGAGCCCAUGGGACCUAAGAAGCUUGUGGGUUCUCGAAGGUCCACCUCCAGGCGGAAGUCCCACAAAAACCCUGAACCAGACCUUGAACUGAGCCAGGUUGGGCUCAGUUCCUGUCCUGAACCAGCUCCUGAGCCCAGAGUCCCAAAGUGCAGCUCAAAACCAGCCCCCGUUUCUCAUGAGGUAGACGGAACCAGAACCGGUCCUGUUCCUGUUGAUCUGUUAUCGCAAUACGUCCCUGUGGAGGAUGCUCAGGUCUGCGCCCCAGAACCAGGGGAACCUGCCCACAGCCCCACCCCUAUGGAGAGCAGCUGUCCCAGUAAGGUUUCCGUGGACACCAAGGAGGGCUGUGGUGCCGGUACUGUGCAGCAGAAUCCAGAACUGAGUCCCCACUCCAGUCCUUCGGUGUCCCUUUGCCUGGAGGAUGAGGAUGAGAGCUCCCUUUCCCCCCUGUUCCAGCACUCCCCAUCAGAGGAAUCAGGAGACUCACCCGCCCCAACCCUGGGACAUGCCAAGAAACGGCUGAAGCAAUGUGCCUUCUGUUACCGCGGCGACCAGCCUCCUCUGGGCCAGGGUCGUCUUGUGGUGUUUGGUCCGACGCCAGGCUACAUCCCACUCCACAUCCUGAACCGCCGCACCUCCUCUGAUCGUGUUGAUGACUGCCAUGACCACUGCUACCGUGGAGACAGGGCCCCGCCCACGUGCAGCAGACCAGCACAGUGUGAAGAUGAAUCUUCUUCAGAGUUCAUGCGGCAGCUCGGACCCAUCGGCCUUCCACACGACAUCAACGUCCAAUCACUGUUCGACCCCACAGGUCAGUGCUGUGCUCACCUGCAGUGUGCCGCCUGGUCAGAAGGUGUGCGCCAUGGCGGUGGCCAGUCAUUGCUCUUUGUGGACAAAGCCAUCGACUCAGGAAGCAGCCAGGUAUGUGGGUUCUGCCAACGCCUGGGUGCUUCGCUGCGUUGCCAGGAGACGGGAUGUGGGCGGAGCUAUCACUUUCCCUGUGCUGCUGCUGCUGGUGCUCAUCAGGACUGGACCCAAAGGCUUACACUGUGCCCGACACACGCCCGCCCAGGCUCCUCGAGGUGUUUGUCAUGUUUGGGCGGAACCGAACCCAGCAACUUGUUGAUGUGCUGUUGUUGUGGUAGCUGUUACCAUGGCAGCUGCCUGGAGCCGGCUCUCACCCCAUCCCCUCUGGUCCGGUCCGGGUGGCAGUGUCCCGCCUGCAGGGUGUGUCGCAGCUGCAGGUUACGGGGCAACGAAGGCCUGCUGCUGGUGUGUCAGCGCUGUGAUAAGACCUACCACACACACUGCCUCUCUCCUCCUCUGGACGGCACAUCCAACAGCACUUGGACCUGCAAGAACUGCAGAGUAUGUCGCCGAUGUGGUGUGACAUCAUCGGGUCAGUGGGCCAAUCAUCAGUUUUUGUGCGAGUCAUGUGACCCUGCCCUGCCCUGUCCUCUCUGUUACCGUGCUGUUGACUUUGCCUCGCCACAGGACAGUCUGACCUGCAGCAGCUGCUACAGGUCUGUUCAUGCUGAGUGUUCGGACCAGGCUGGGGAGCGCACAGCAGAGUCUGACCUCUACCUCUGCUCCUCCUGCAGCCCUUUGGAACAGCAGCUAGCCCCACCCUCUGACACCUCUCUGGCACUUAGUCCACCUGCUGCUCCUGAUCCAGGCCAGCUCAUCUGCCUGGAGCUACCAUCUAGUCCUCUGCAGAGUCCGAACUUAUCAGAGCUUCAACCUAGUCCCACACCCACUUCUGCAGACCAUUCAAUAAGUUCGGUAGCAAGUGAAAGCAUUCCUGGAACGUCUCAGAAGGACCUCCAGCUCAUUCCUCCACGCUCUCCAUCGUAUCGGAAGGACGGUGUUGCAGCGUCGCUAGAAGUUCUUGAAAAAAGUCCAUCUCCACCUACUGGAGAUCAGAGGCACACAUCAACAUCAGAGCAGACGGACCUCCCGUCGUCACCGACUCUUGCAAAAUACAAACCACCUGUCAUAUCACCAUCCGCCUUCGUUCAGAUCCUGGAGCAAGCUGCAGCCGAGCCCCACCAGAGUCCUGCGUCCCCUCCAGCCGAGCCCCANCGGAGCCCUGCGUCCCCUCCAGCCGAGCCCCAGCGGAGCCCUGCGUCCCCUCCAGCCGAGCCCCAGCGUAGCCCUGCGUCACCUCCAACCAACACCCAUAAAGUUCUUGUUGAGACUCUGAGUACUGCGUCACCUCCAGCUGAGACCCAUAAGGUUGUUGUUGAGACUCUGAGUACUGCUUCACCUUCUUCUGAGUCCCAUCAGAGUCCAUCAACACCUCCAGAGGAGACACAUAAGAUUCCUACUAUGCCUCCAAGUGAGACCCAUCAGAUUCCUGCAUCAUCUUCAUCUGAGACCCAUGAGAGUCCGACAGCUCCAGCCAUGACCCAUGAAAGUCCUGUAAGAACUCCUGCCGAGACCCAUCAGAGUCCAUCAUCAACACCCUCAACCCAUCAGAGUUCUGUAUCACCUACAGUGGUACAUCAGAGUUAUGAGGGGACCUAUCAGAGUUCUGCAACCUUUCCAGGAGGGAUCGAUCAAUUCUUACCAGAAGAGGCUGAAGUCUCUGGUGAAUUUUCUGUAAAGACGGCAGAAAGUCCUUCCUCCUCUACAGAGGAGCCCCUUAAGAAUCAUGUAGUAGAGAACUCGAGCAUUGUUCCAAUUCAUCUUCCACUCACCCUGUGUCAGAGCCCUUCAGUACCUCAGCAGGAGGCCCAUUGGAGUGCUGCAGUACCAGCAGAUGAUUUUCCUCAGACUUCUACUACACUUCCUACACCAAUUCUAGAGGACAGCCAUCCAAAUCUUGGACCAUCUCCAGAGCAGAGCCACCAAAGUCCCUCAUGCCUUGUACAAGAUCCUGAUAAAAAUGAUGCAUUGUCUCUAGAAGAGACCCAUAAGAGUCUUCUACCAUCUCUAAAGAAGACUCAACCCCAUAGAAACCUUGUUCCAUCAGCAGAUGAGCAGGUUACUGGUCAGGUCCAGCAGGCUUCUUCAGUGGAGACCAAAAACAACCAGGGGCCAUCUUUAAAAGAGACUUUCUCACCCUCUCUACAGACAACCCAUCAAAGUCUGCUGCUUUCUUCUGAUCAGCAUAUUCCUCCAAUGUCUCCCCUAAAGUUUCAGCAACCAUCUGUGGAGUCUCCUGGUGAGAAAUAUGAAACUCCUUCUCCAGCUCCAGAAGGCACCAAUCAAUCUGGUCCACCCCUUAGCCACAUGUGUACAAGUCCAAAACCAUUACUAAAAGGUUCUGCUCCGUCUCCAGGGGAAACUUGCCAGAUUCAAGAACAUCCUCUGAAGAACUUGGGUGAAGGUUUGGUUCCAUGUCCAGAAGCCGAUCUCCAAAGUCUUUUUACAUCUCCUAAAAAUCUCAAACAAGAUCAUCCACCAUCUCUUGAAAGGACAGAAGACUGUCCUGAAUUAAACCUCGUAAACUUCUCAGAAGUGGCAACUUUGUUGCCUAAAGAGAUCCAUCCAAGUUCUGCUGAACUACCACAUCUCCAAGAAAGUAGUGAUGGAGAUCACCAGGACAGCUUCAGGCCAACACAUUGUAUGUCGAGCUCAACAUUAUCUCACCCUGCUUCCAUUGACCAACAGUCACCUUGCUCAUCACCACACUGUCAGUCAGAAUACCAGGAAAGUGCCCUGCCACACCAACUUGAACCUGAAAGGUCUCCUCAAUGUCAGGCUAGACCAACAGGAUUUGAAUUUGGGCCAGUGUCCUCUUGUCCUAGUCCAACCAAAAGUUACCCCGUAAAGGUUCUUCAGAGUUCUUCUAAGCUCAGUUUGAACUGUCCUUCUUCUGAACCAGACUUCACAGAGGACCAACUGGGUACUCAAUCUCUGCAGGAACAUCUGGUUAACAACCCCCAGCCACAGAGUUUGAGUACAUCAGGGCUGAGUCCUACCAGGUUUCAACAAGGAUACCAUCUGGAACCCGAGGCACCGCUACAAAGACCAUGCAGUCCAAUAAGCAUCAUGAACUCCCAGCCCAACCAUACAUUGGAAACUAAUACAUCUUGCCCACAAACUCCCAGAACACUGGACCACACAAUCACUGGCUCAGACCUUCCACAGAUUCUCUGUAGUCUGAACCCUAAAUCACCACAGAUAUCUGGUACAUCUACCAAGAUGGCACUUGGAUCCUAUUCAGCUCCUUGUAGCCCUCACCCUCUCCUGGGGAAACCUAGACCCCACAGCUCUUCACAACCUGCAAGUCCAGCGCACUACAAGAUGGUCAGGCAAAGUAUUGACUCUGGUGGACUGAAUCUGGAAGGUAUAGAGUUCACCCAUGACUCCUCUACAGUGCAAUCUGCUGAGAACUACCAGCCUCACAUCCCUGCCCUACAGAUGCCAGAAAGCCUUGAUAACAGUAGCACUUCUCUUGAACACAGUAGCCUAACUUGCUCACCUUGUGUCCAGGACACAAAGGUAGACCAGAGUCCUUACAAAAGUCUGUCACCAUGCACAAGUGAUGGUUCCAAACAAGCUGAGCCAGUGCCUACAAUGCCUACAAACCCUGCCUUCUGUCUCAAAGUCUUGCCAAUAGAGACUCACCACACACCACAGUCAGCUGGUCUCAUACCAGCGAGGUCCACAACACAACAAGAUGGCCCAGAGUCUCCAUCAUUAAUCGAAGCACAACCGGCUCAACCUGGUGACUCCAUUUCUGGUCAGGGUAAGGAUAUAGAGCUCCACCCGGAUAGACUGGUCCAUACUGAGGCCCUUAUUGACUUUGGUCCCACACAAGUCCACAGCUCUGCAAUGACAUCUUCUACCCAUACUCUGUCAGCUAGCAGUUCUGUUGCCAACAGUCUGACCAGUAUUCCCACAAAUGGUGUCUCUCCAAGGACUAGUCAUGCUGGUCAAGCUAAUACUGUUUGUAUAGUACAAACAUCCGUUAGCCCACUUCAGAGUCCAGCUCUGGAUGCGACGGUGCCCCACAGACCCUCGUCCAACCCUGGAACCAGUCCCGACCUUCGUCAAGCUCCCUACAGCCCGAACUCUCUGUCAGAUUGGGUCCAGGCUGUUGAUCUUUCCAUCCAAAGUGCUGCUGUUCCCUCUUACUCUGUUCUGGAUGCUGGUGCUGUCCAAACGGCAGAAUCCAAUGAAGGAUCUCAGAGAUCUGGUGACCCUGCUCAGCCUACUCAAAGCCUUGCCAGUCCUUCAGGCUCUGUCCACCCACAGGUUAGCCCUCCAUCUGAAGUAUUGACUUCAACGCUUCAGGCUCCAGUUAGCUUUGUCAGAACGUCACAAGAAUGUUCUGUCCUUGGGGCAGUGUGUUCAGAAAGACCUCAUGCUGGUCCCAGACCAGGUCCUGUGCAGCUGAAGCCAGGUUCUGACAGGAUUACCAUUGGUUCAUUGUCUCCAGAGUCUGGUUCUGAUGUUGGUUCUGAUUUUGGUCCUGGUCCUGGACAGCUACUGUUCAAUCUUGAUCCAGGUAACCAUGUUCAGCCAGUAGCUUGCUCUGAACCUGAUCUUGAUUGUGGUGGUUCUGGUGUGAACUUUAGCCUUAUCCCUGAACGGCCUAGUUCUGGACAUGGUUGUGGACCUGCUGGAGCAGAGCAGAGGAUUGCUGAGGAAGAGCAAGGAGAAGCGGCAAUGGAGAGUCCAGAAGAUGAGGACGAUUCUGCUGAAAUGACUGAGGCACAAGGAGAUGAUGAGAGUAGCCCAACACUGGGUCCGGUCUGUCCUUCAGGCUCCUCCUUUCCAUCAGUCUCCCUGUCCUCCUGUUCUCGCUCUCAGGACACAGCCCCGAGAGGAGACCAUCCUCCAUUGGCUGAGAGGAGGAAUAUGGAGGAAGAGUACAGCCAAUCACAGAGCCUGAAUAAACUAGUUGCCAUGGCAACAGAGUCAACCAAAGAUGGACAACAAUCCCACUGCGAGCCUUCAGAGAAGCAGGAGAUAGGGACGGCAGAGAGACACCAGCCAAUCAGAGAUGAGGAGGCGGGACCAGAUGAGGAGGAGACCUCAGAUGGCCCCAUUCUAGAUCUGGACCAAUCCUUGGACAUGGAAGUGAUGGAGCUGAUGACCUCAGCCACACCUCCCACCUCCCGCAGAGGAAAGUGGCGGAGCCUAAGGCCCCUCCCUUCCUGGUCCCACCCCUCAGACGACCUGUCCAUCCGUCUUCGGCAGUCUCCGUUUUCCACAGAGGCGUCUCCCGAGACCUCACCUGCCCGGACCCCGGUCACUCCUCCACCUCUGACUCCACCAACUCCUCCAUCCUCCAUAGAGACUUCGCCCCCUUCCCAGGCUCCACCCACUGCCGUGUUCCUACUGACCCCAAAGAUUGGCAUGGGAAAGCCCGCCAUCUCCAAGAGGAAGUUCUCCCCCGGCAGAGCGCGGUCCCGGCAGGUACCACAGGGUUCGUGGUGCAGCAGCCGCAGGGCGCCGAGCCCUCCCUCAUCCUCCCAGGAUUCCACGGGGGAGGGAGGUUGGAGCCCUAAGCCCCGCCCACCUGACUCUCCUCUGUGGAGCAUGAAAGUGAGUCGGGGUUCAGGAUUUCCAGGCAGGAAGCGGUCCAGAGGUGGAGCUGCUGGUGGAGGAAGAGGUGGAAGAGGCAGGAGUCGGCUGAAGGUUCAGGAUACCCUCACUGUGCUCCCUGGGGGAAGUUACGUGGAGAUGUUUCAGGCGAAGGAGGAAGAGGAGAACUCCAUGCACAACACGGUGGUGAUGUUCUCCACCUCGGACCAUUUCACUCUCAAACAGGACAUGUGCGUGGUGUGUGGCAGCUUCGGUCGAGGCUCAGAGGGCCGUCUGCUGCCCUGCUCCCAGUGCGGCCAGUGUUACCAUCCCUACUGCGUCGGCGUCAAGAUCACCCGGGUGGUGCUGACCAAAGGCUGGCGCUGCCUGGAGUGCACGGUAUGUGAAGCGUGUGGCGACGCCUGCGACCCCGCCCGCCUGCUGCUCUGUGACGACUGUGACAUCAGCUACCACACCUACUGCCUGGACCCGCCCCUCCUCACUGUGCCCAAGGGCUCCUGGAAGUGCAAGUGGUGUGUGUGGUGUGUGCUGUGUGGCUCCACCUCGCCGGGGCUGCGCUGUGAUUGGCUGAACAACUACAGCCUGUGUGGGCCGUGUGGCAGCCUCAGCCAGUGUCCCGUCUGCCAGCGGCGCUAUGCACAGGACGAUCUGGUGCUGCAGUGCCAGCAGUGCGACAGGUGGGUCCACGGCGUCUGUCAGGGUUUGGCCUCGGAAGAAGAGGUGGCGCUCGCUGCUGAUGAAGGCUUUGACUGCUCUCUGUGCCGCGCCUCCUCAGGUCUGCAUGGCCUUCAUUAUGAAAUUCCCCCAGAGAGCAGGCCUGAUCACGUGACUCUGUUUCCAGACGUGAAGACGUAUACUCAGGAUGGCAUCUGCCUAACCGAGUCCGGUCUGACUCACCUGCAGGCCCUAGUCCAACCUCUCGCAUCACCGCGCAAGUGUCGCAGGUGUAAACCCAAGUUGAAGCUGAAGAUCAUCAACCAGAACAUUGUCUCCGUCCUGCAGACGCCACCGGACCCAGAGACCCUCAUUGAGCCGGACCAGAACCGAGCUUUGUCUGCAGGUGACUUGGACUGUGACAUGAAAUCUGACUCCAGUCCCGAGCGGGACGCCGCUCACCUGGAUGAUGUCACCAAGGAGACGGAUGUCACAGAUGACAACAAGAAGAGGAAGAGGAAACCUUAUAGGCCAGGAAUCGGGGGCUUCAUGGUGCGUCAGCGUGGGGGAAAAGCCGGACUCUGCAGGAAGGACUCGUCAGAGAUGAACCCGAGUCGAGAUCCAGGUGUGUUGGAGACUGAUGUUUCCAUGGAAAUGAUGUCUGCUGCUGAGCAGGCAAUGGAGAAAGUUAAGAAGAGAUACAGGAAGAAGAAGACGAAGCUGGAGGAGGCGUUCCCAUCGUACCUGCAGGAGGCUUUCUUUGGCCGGGAUCUGCUUGACCGCAGCCGACAGAUUGACGGAAGACCGAGGAUGGUGACCUCAGGUGCCAGCCAAUCAGGAUCGGCAGUGAGUGUCCCCAAGACCCCCCCCCUCAGAGCACAUGGCCCCGCCUCCUCUGUCCAGCCUCCGGGGACAGUAGCAGCCAGCAGGAAACGGGGAGUGCUGCCCGUGUCCGAGGAAGUGCUGCUGGACCUUUCUGACGUCCUGAAAACAGACCCUCACAUCCUGGGGACAGGACGCACAGGUCAGUUCCAGGUGGAGCGCUCUCCGUCUCCCUUUGCCGGCCUGGAUGUUGCCUCGGCGACCGACGACCCCCCACUGUCAUCGGACACCUCUGGAGGUUACGGGCGUUGCCAGAGGAUGGAGCGGGAGGAGCCUCUGGACGCCAUUUUGAGCCCUGAACUGGACCAGAUGGUAACAGACGGAGGGAUCCUGAGCAGACUCUACAAGAUCCCAGAACUGGAGGGGAAAGAUGUGGAGGAGGUCUUCACCGCCGUUCUGAGUCCAAACAGCAGCAGGCAGCCAGAGCCCAGCAAGACCCACGGCUCAGCAGCGUGUUCUCGGCUUCCGGUGUUGAAUGGCCUGGUGGCCGCCGUUCCUCCCCUCCCUGAUGCUCCCAGCGGCGGCAGCCGUCUGCUUGGCUUCAGCUUGCCUUCUGAGGGCCCCGCCCCCUCCUCGGCCUCAGCCAAUCGGCCGUCAGCUGUAGAAGGGGAGCAGGAUGUGAUGUCGACAGCUCAGAGAGGGACGCUGAAGUGGGAGAAGGAGGAGAGUCUGGGAGAGCUGGCGACCGUUGCUCCAGUUCUUUACUGCAACACCAACUUCCCUCAGCUGAAGCAGCAGUACCCCGAUUGGUCCACUAGAGUGAAGCAGAUCACCAAGCUGUGGAGGAAGGCCAGCUCCCAGGACAGAGCGCCCUUCGUGCAAAAAGCUCGGGACAACCGGGCGGCCCAGCGCAUCAACAAGGUGCAGCUGUCCAAUGAGUCACUGCAGCGCCUGCAGCCGCUGCCGCCGCCACCCCCCCAGGGGGUCUAUGACCCCAUCGCCAUGGAGACGGAGGCUGGCUGCAGAGACCCGCUGAGGCCCAGGGAAUCAGAGCAGGAGCAGGAGUGGAAGUUGAGACAGAUGAUGCGACAGAAGAGCAAGCAGCUGGCCAAGAUGGAGGCAACCCAGAAGUUGGAGCAGGUGAAGAACGAGCAGCGGCAGCAGCAGCUCCGCCAGUCGGGACGCCUUUCCCCAGAAGGCUCGGCCCACCAGCAGGUCGCCGGGGGCAACGCCACGCACAGCAGGCAGAACCUCCCGCAGGACGUGGGGACACCGGACGAUGUCUUUCUCAGACCUCAAGUCCCCGCUCCCUCUGGGUUCUCUUCACUCCCUCACUCCCCUUUGGCCUCCUCCCCCCUCCACCAGCCACCGUCUUCCCCCCAGAUGUUCUCCCCCCCCUCCUCUCGCCCCUCCUCACCCUGGGACCCAUAUGGUAAAGUAGCAGGUCCCUGUCAUCCUCAGCAGCAGCGCCUCGGCUUCCUCAGCAUCUCCCCCGCUCACGAUGGCUCUCCUGCACUGUCCCCCGACCUGUCUGCCUCCGGUUUGCCACCAAGUCGGGCCGGCAUGGUGAUCCCCUCCUCCGGCUCCCCCCCUGACCCAUCUCUCAGACCCGUCCGGGCGGGGGACUCCAGCCAGAGGACAAGCCUGACGGUGCAGGGUGGUGUGUUUAAAGCCCCAAUGCCCCCCCACCAGGAAGCACCAGGAAGGAGAGACCUGGGGUUCCCCAAUAGCCCAGUGUCAGGUCUGGGCUCCCCCCACCGCAGCCCUUACGCCCCGGGGACACCCCAGCUUGGGGAAGCCCCAGGUUCACGGCCCUCCCCUGACCCCUUCAGAGACCCUCAGACCCCCGGUACACCACACCCUCACUCUGACUGCGGCUACCUUGCCAUGCCCACAGCACUGAGAGCGGACCCGGUCAGUCAGCCGUCGCCGUCCAGCCUGGACUCCUAUCCCUCCAAUCCGGGAAAUCCCCGCUCCUCGGAACGGUUCCCACGGUCCCCGGGGUCUCAGCGAAGCAUCGAUUUGUUCCCCCAGUCUGUGGGGACGCCUCGCCCCCUUCCUGAGUCAUACCUGCAGCAGCCCUCUGCCCCCCAGGCUCAGAAGACCCUGGCAGAGAGCCUCAAUGCCCUGCCUGCAGCGUCAGCUUCCUCCUCUCUGGGUCCUGGACUGAUGGUGGAGAGGGGGGCCUUCAGCCCUGCAGCCCCCAAGCUUCAACAGUCUUCAGGCAGCAGACAAGAGUUGUUGCCCAGAACCUGCAGCAGCCAGACCCCAAAGCACCCUGUGACACCUGAGAAGGGAGUCGUCCAUGCAACGAGUCAGGAUGCUCUGGUGAAGGGUCUCAUAACGACCGGCAUGUCACCGAUGGAGAAGUCAGAAACCGGUGACCUGUCCUCUCUUAAUGGAGGGAGGAGCAUGCUGCCUCAGCUUGGAGACUCUGAGGAGAAACUACAACAGCGCCUAUGGCUCCGGCAGCAUAUCCUCCGGCACCAGCACCAAAAGAUUGCCUUACGCCAGGAGAAAGGUUUGCUGGAACCCACCUCAGGACCUGCUGGUUCUAGCGGCACUCUUCACAACUGGUCUGCUGAGGACUCUUCCAGCGCCCCUCCUCCAGACCCAUUUGAACGUCCUCCACCGCCGUACCCUGGUACAGUGAGACCUCUGACUCCUGGGUUUACGGGAGGUCUUCCAGGCGAGGAGAUGAGUGGCUUUACUCCCGGCGAGGCUUCCCUCCCCAGACAGAACCUCCUGAGAGGACCAGCUGUCAGGUUUGGUGUUCCUCAUGGAGUUGCAGCAGCCCUACAGGACCCUUCAGCGCGUCCAUCCCUUGGUCCUGCUGUGGGGCUCGGCUCCAUGGAGGGGAACCUGGUCCAAAUGAGGAGGCCUGUGCCAGCAGAGUUCACCAGCAUUCGGUCAUUGACGCCCCACAACUCAGCAGCACACAUGGUUCCAGGUGUUCCCCAACUCAUCGUCCAGCGGCCUGCUCCUCCUCAGCAGCACGGCGUCAUGCCCUACAUCGAGCUCCGACGCCGCCCCCCAGAGAACUGUCUGAGGCUGCCCUUUCCCCCACCGAUGCCUUCAGAGCUACAGGAAGCCACGCCCACCAGAGACCCCACCCAGUCCACUGCGCCACGGCCGGGUCCAGUCAAGAUGGGGGAGGCAGGGCUGGGGCAGCAACACCUGGGUUCUGCUCUCCCAGGAUCUGAGGGGAUUGAGGAGCACUUAGAGGGAGAGGACUCUGCUGUAAAGGAUCUGGAGGACGUGGAGGUCAAGGACCUGGUGGACCUGAAUCUGAAUCUGGACCCAGAGGAUGGUAAAGAAGACCUGGACCUGGGUUCGAACGAUCUGCAUCUGGAUGACUUCCUGUUGACAGGGAAGUUCGACCUGAUUGCCUAUGCUGACCCAGAGCUCAAUUUGGAAGACAAAAAAGACAUGUUCAACGAGGAGCUGGACCUUGGGGAGCCGGUUGAGGACCGGGAGGGGAGCCGACCUGCCAGGAAAACGGAAAGCCCUGCCCACUUUCUGGGACAGGCAAAACAGGAAUUGAAGGAAUCUCAGAAGACUGAAGGUCACUCCUCAAACAGACCUCAAGGACCUCACUCUGCUCUUCUAAUCAAGGAGAAGCUGGAGGACUCUGGUCUGGUUUCCUGUCCAGUCCCAGCCCAGGCUUUGUCCUCUGUCCACCCUCUAAUAACGCCAGGGGACUCAUCUGUCUUCCACCAGAGACCAUUUGGAUCCGCACCAAUCCCCCAACCGGUUCCUUCUGGUCCUGCUCCUCAGGGAACCCCCACCAUGCCUCAGGCUCAAUCAACUCAACCUCCUCAGCCUCAACUUCUUUUAAACCCCCAGAACCAUCCUCCUCAUCCAGGCACUGAAACCCAGAGUAUGAGUUCGGUCAGCUUUCCUGAGAACCAGGUCUCCCUCCAGAGCCAGAACAAGUCCAGGCCUCUCCUGCUGGAGGAGCAGCCACUCCUCCUGCAGGAGCUUCUGGACCAGGAGCGGCAGGAGCAGCAGCAGCAGAAACAGAUGCAGGCCCUGAUCCAACAUAAGUCUGGCUCAGAGUCUGGAAUCUCUGACAUGGAUUUUGAGUCCAUCUCUGACCCAAUCAUGAAGGCUAAGAUGCAGGCUCUGAAAGGUAUUAACAGGGUGAUGAGUCAGGGACCCCUGGGCCUGACCCCAAUGGUCAUCAACAGGUUCCAGCAGAGUCCAGGAUCCGAGUUAACUCCUCCCACUCCUCACCUACCAGGACAGGACGGGAAGUUAACCCCUCAACUAGUGCGCCGCAACCCCCCCAGCUUUGGACCCGGCUUCAUCAAUGAGUCUCAGAGGCAGCAAUACGAGGAGUGGCUAGGUGAGACACAGCAGCUUCUGCAGAUGCAGCAGGGCCUCCUAGAGGACCAGAUUGCAGCUCACCGUAAGGCCAAGAAGGCUCUGUCAGCGAAGCAGAGAACGGCCAAGAGGGCGGGCCGAGCCUUCGCUGAAGAGGAUGCAGCCCAGCUGCAGUACAUCAGUGAACAGCAGGGGGCAGUCCAGAAACAGCUGGAGCAGAUCCGGAAGCAGCAGAAGGACCACACUGAACUGAUUGAAGACUACAGGACCAAACAACCUCAGAGGAUGUUGCAGAUGCCCCCCCAGAUGCCCUUGGGGCAAGUCCUGGUCCCCCCUAAGCCCCGCCUGGGUGGCGCUGCCCCGGGUCACUGUCCAAACGUCCCCUCAGGCUGGACUCCAGGGUCUGGUCCUCCCAUAGGUCAGAGGAUGCUUCCACAGCUUCCAGCCCACAUGCCCCCCAACCUGCCCAACUGCCCCCAGACCCCCCCUCUCAUCCAGACGACUCUGCCCAUGAAGCCAGUCCUGACUGCCCCUACGCCAGGCUUAACUACCCCCCAGGGCUCCCUAGGGGGCUCCCUAGGGGGCGCCAAUGGCGCGCCAGGGGAUGGAGCCACCCCUCAGGUGAAAUUUGAUGACAACAACCCUUUCAGCGAAGGUUUCCUGGAGCGUGAAAGGAGGGAGCGCUUGAGAGAGCAGCAGGAGCGGCAGAGGAUUCAGCUGAUGCAGGAGGUGGAGCGUCAGCACGCUCUGCAGUGGAGUCUGGACCAUCAGGACCGCUGCGGGUCCGGAGCAGCCGGGGUUCCUGGGAAACGGGGACCGGUUCCUGGUGGAGGAGCUGGACCGGUCAGCAGCGAGGACCGUCUGUCCCAGGGAGCGUUCUGCAGCACUGAACCUGGACUGGACUUCCUUUCUUCUUCCUCGGCCUCCAGGCAUCAGGUCCAGGGCCGUACAGGGGGCGCCAACCUCCACCAGGGCUUCCCAGGAGGCUCCCUGCCCCCCAGGGCCGCCCCCACCGCAGCUCUCCAUCCUGAUGUUGCCACAGAGCGAGGCAGCCUCCAGUUCAGGCCCAGACUGCUGCAUCCAGCGGGGAUCAGUCCUCACCUGUUUGGUCACGACUCCUCCUCGUCUUCACCGUUGACCCCACUCCCCCAUCCCUCUUCUGGAGGCCUGGCCUCCCUCGCUGAUAUCAUCCCUGACGACAAACCAAAGAACAGGAGAUCGAACAGAGCUGAGGAAGGAGUCAGAACUCCUCUGUCGCCACACUCUGACAUCACAGCUCCACCCACCCCGGCUGUCUCAGACAAGUCCUGCUCCACACCCACCCACCAACCGGACACUGGCUUCUCUGGCCUGGCUUCACCUGAAAGAGAGAGGCAGCAGAGAGGCGGCAGCGGGGAGGGCCACAGAGGCCCUGUGUCUGGGGGAAGCCUGGAAGUCAAGGAGGAGCUGAUGGAGGCGCAGCCCUGCUGGGGGAUCCCUGUGAAGGUAGAGGAGGCUGGGGAAGACUGCUUCUCCUCCGCCGCCUCUCACGGGGGAGAUGGAGGGAAGGAGCUGCUCCGACACCUUCUGAGGGACAAAACGUCGCCCGUAACCAUGACGGCUCCCUCCAGGCCAGCUGCGCACUGCCAGCUGUCCAAUGAUGGCAUGCGAUCCGAGGAAGAAGAUGAACCAGGUUUCCAUGGCAACAUGGUGCCACUGGUGGACGGUCCAAAGAAAAUUAAGCGCAGCAAGAGAUUGAGUCGACCCGACAAAGACAGAGCUCCAUCCAAGUCCAAAAGGAGGAGGAAGGAGGAGGACGAUGAAGAGAAGAGCUCCUCCUCUGACACACUGAUGACCCAGCUGAGUCAGCUGGCAGUGCUGCCACUCAUGGAGCCCAUCCUGGGUGUAGACCUGAGCCUCUUCCCCCCAUACGGCAGCUCCUCUAUAGGCAGAGACUCCCUGCUGAGAGGCUCCUUUGGGAACGCCUCUCUGGAUGGCGUCUCAGACUUCUACUCCCAAAUCAUCUACAAGAACAACCUCAGUAACCCCCCCACACCUCCGGCAUCUCUGCCCCCCACACCUCCACCUGUAAGCAGACAGAAGAUGGUGAACGGCUUCGCCACAAUGGAGGAGCUGACCAGGAAGGAACUGAGCGAGCAGGAAGGCUUGCCACCCCUGAAGCACAAAGAGGAUGAGCUUCUCAAUCUAAACUCUGCCUCCAAAACAGUAGAUGUCCCUGCAUCCCUGCCAACGCCGCCCCACAACAACCAGGAGGAGCUCAGGAUCCAGGAGUCGUUGGAGUGCCACAGUCCAGAGGGGUUUGUCCCGUCCUCGUCUCCAGAGAGCGUGGUGGACAUGGAGGUCAGCAGGUACCCUGACCUGUCUUUCAUCAAGCUGGAGCAGCCCUCGCCCUGCCCAUCACCUACAUUACCCAUCAUUCCCUGCACCUGGGGCAAAGGCUUUUCAGUGAAACAGGAAGUGAAGGCAGAACCACACCUCCAAGUGCAAUCCACCUGCUCCAGCACAGACCUGGUUACCAUAGCGAUCACUCUGAACCCGGCCGCCUCUCAGAAUGUCCCAGGUGUGAUGGCGGCGGUGGCGGCGCUCCUCAGGGUCCCCGGCCCCAUCAGAUACCAGCAGAGCCGAGCGCCGGCGCUAGAGCGGAGCAACCUGGCCCUGCUGGCAGGAGUGCGUGUGCCGAUGUUGCAGGGUUCAGCAGCAUCCAGAGUGCAGAGAGCGCCACCUGCUGCCAGAAACUCGCCACGCUGCUGCAGCCGCUGCAAAAGGCUGCUGGUUAACGAAGUUCCCUACAGACAGGAAGGUGAGUCCAGAGACGUACCCGGUUUGGUGUUUUGCAGUCCAACCUGCUCCGCUCUAUUUGAGUCAGAGCAGCAGAUCCGCUCUGCCAGAGCCAAGCCUGCAGUGCCGGUGCUUCUGGCUGGUUCUGGCUCGACUCCUCCUCUCAGCAGAACACAGCACCAGUACGCCAACAACAUGUCCCCCAUUGCUGUCCAUUCUCUCCCACGCAUCGACUCUUCCUCCUGCUCUCCUUCCUCCUCCUCACCACCGCUUGCCUUUCCACCUGCCUCUGCUAUUACCAUGGAGACGAGGCCCCACCCCGACAGCCUCAAGGUGAAGGUCAAGCUAAAGCCCCGCCCACGGACCGUGUCAGGUGAUGACUCUCUGUGUCCUCAAAACUUGAAGAAGAUGAAGAUUUCUCGGUGGAGACGCUGGAGCUUCAGCAUCACUCUCAACAGGGGUUCCCGUGUUGCUAACCAGACGGGUGCCAUUCCGACAGAAGAGGAAGUGGAUGAGCUUCUGAAGGAGUUUGGAGCGUGCCUGCGUCCCGACCCGUUGCCUAGAGACCAGCGAAGGUGCUGCUUCUGCAACCAGCAGGGGGACGGCGUGACGGACGGCCCUGCCCGGCUCCUCAACCUGGACCUGGACCUCUGGGUGCACCUGAACUGCGCUCUGUGGUCCAGUGAGGUGUACGAGACGCAGGCGGGCGCGCUCAUCAAUGUAGAGCUGGCGCUGCGGCGGGGCCUGGCGCUCCGCUGUGCCCACUGCAGCCGCAGCGGCGCCACGACCGGCUGCAACCGGCUCCGCUGCACCAACACCUAUCACUUCACCUGCGCCCUUCAGGCCCACUGCACCUUCUUCAAGGAUAAGACCAUGCUGUGCUACCUCCAUAAGCCCAGGACGCUUCCUGUGAGCGGGGACAGGUCAUCCAGCUCCUCCCCGUUCUCCACGCCCGGGCCGACCUCUGACCCCACUCCUGGCUCCGACCCGUAUGACUCGGAGCUGCGUUGUUUUGCCGUGUUUCGGCGAGUCUUUGUGCAACGGGACGAGGCGCGGCAGAUCGCCGCUGUGGUGCAGCGGGGCGAGCGACAGCACACCUUCCGUGUCGGCAGCCUGCUGUUCCGCGCCGUAGGCAGGCUCCUCCCACAGCAGAUGGAUGCCUUCCACAGCGAGGCUGCCAUCUUCCCAGUCGGUUACCAUGCCAACCGCUUCUACUGGAGCAUGCGCUACAGCAACAGACGCUGCAAGUACCUGUGCUACAUCGAGGAGCAUGAAGCCCAGCCGCUGUUCAAGGUCAAGGUGGUUGAGAAAGGUCACGACGACGUCGUCCUCACAGGAGCCACGCCUACAGCGGCGUGGGCCCAGGUUCUGGAGCCGGUGGCCCGGAUGAGGAGCUGCAGCGGCACUCUGAAGCUGUUUCCUGUUUACCUGAAAGGAGAGGAACUGUUUGGCCUGAAGACGUCCGCCGUGACCCGGAUCAUCGAGUCUUUGCCGGGGGUCGAGGCAUGCGAGCGCUACACUUUUCGCUACGGCAGGAACCCCCUCAUGGAGUGGCCUCUGGCCUUCAACCCUUCUGGCUCGGCUCGCUCUGAACCCAAGGCCUGCCAAGCCAAGAGACCUUACCUGCUGACCAGUGUGGCCCUCAGGUGUCAGGGCUCAGUGGGCUCCAUCGUCGGCCUCGUUCCCGGCGUUCUGUCUUUGUCUCCUGGCGAGUCGGUGGCUGCUGCCCAUCAGGGCCGCCACUCCAAGUCGGCCCAGUACCGCCGCAUGAAGGCGGAGUGGAAGAGCAACGUGUACCUGGCUCGCUCUGGCAUCCAGGGACUGGGGCUGUACGCCGCCAGAGACAUCGAGAAGUGCACGAUGGUCAUCGAGUACAUUGGGACAAUAAUCAGGAGCGAAGUCGCCAACCGCAAGGAGAGGCUGUACGAGGCCCAGAACCGAGGCGUCUACAUGUUUCGGAUCGACAACGACUAUGUGAUCGACGCAACCAUCACCGGAGGACCGGCGAGGUACAUCAACCACUCGUGUGCUCCGAACUGCAUCACUGAGGUGGUGACGGUGGAGAAGGAGAACAAGAUCAUCAUCAGCUCCUCCAGACGCAUUCAGAGAGGAGAGGAGCUAUGCUACGACUACAAGUUUGACCUGGAAGAUGAUCAGCACAAGAUCCCGUGUCACUGUGGAGCCGUGAACUGCCGCAAAUGGAUGAACUGAGAGCAUGGAGGCCUCUGGCGCACUGUGGGCGGAGCUAACAUGACAUCAUCACUGGUCUAUGGGCAGAGCUAGCAUGACACCAUAAUAAAACUGACUGAUUAGAUCAGAGGAACUAAAGUUUAUACUUAAUUUACAAAUGGGACACAUUUAUAAUCUGUUGUGGGCGGAGCUUACCAAGAGGCUGGUCCUCACUGUAAAUUGGUUGUAAAUGUGAGUGUAAACGCCACUGAAAUAAGCGAAUGUGUCGUCCUUUAACUUGCACUAAAACAUUAAAUGACAAACACACCUACCUGAUUCCACCGCCUAGUCCUCCCCUCUUCCUCAUCAGUUCCUGUAAAAUAAGAGAUUUUCUUCUUUUUGUAUUUAUUAAUGAAUUAAGCUAUUUUCUAAAACUGCGGUGCAUUUGAGGUCCAGUGUGGCAGUGUGUAAAUAUCUGUACCAUAAGUAAAAAGCCAGACACAAAGAUUAGAGCGCCCCCCACCCCCUUGUGUGGACAGGCGUCUGUUACUUCACCCAGAGUUUAGGCUGCAGGCGUCUGCCGCCGUGUAAAUAUGAGGUUUACUCAGGCUCUGCUGUGUACAGAUAGACGACAUGAAGCCUUGUCUCUGUUUUUUUAUUAAUGGAUGUAAACAAAGUGAUGUUUCUGGAAAAUAUAGUGAAUCUGAUUUAGAAUCAUUUACAGAAAAUAAAAUAUUUUACAUCUUAGAGAAA